CAGACCUCAUCUCAAGACGAGCCCUCGAAGGUUGUCCACGAAGUCGUCAAACCAGUCAUCCAAGAGGUCCGCGAAGUCAUCCAACCCUACAGACAGUUGACACAAGAGGUGCAGCCCGUCGUCGAGAAUGUCCACACAGUUGUCUCGCACGGAGAGGGUGUUCGCCAGCAAUACGUGGCGGAGCCCAUCCAGAGGGCACAGAUCCAGACCGUGCAACAGGUGGCCGUCCAACCCGUCCAGCAGUAUGUGGCCCAACGCGUACAGGUGCCCGAACUCAGACAGGUUCAGAUCCAACAGGUCCAGCCCAUCCAAGUCCAGCCCAUCCAAGUCGAGGCCCAACCCCUGCACUACCAGACCAUCCAAGACGUGCAGCCCAUCGCCGUCCGCGCCUACACCCAACCCAUCCAUCAAGUGGUGGCCCACCAGGGUAUCCGCCAAGUGGUUGCCCCGCAGGUGACCCGCUAUGCCGUCCAACAGCCGGCGCUCGCCAUCCGAACCAACGUCAGAGAGAAUGUGUUGGCCAGAGAGACACCCGUCCAGAGGGGCACCGACUUUGUGAAGUACGUCGAGAGUGACAACUAA